AUGGUGGACGUGGACCGGAGGAUGACCGGUCUAAACCCGGCCCACAUAGCGGGCUUGCGUCGCCUAUCGGCCCGGGCCGCAUCCGUUCCAACCACUUCCGCACCGUCCUCGCUCCCUGUAAGAAACGGCCUCCUUUCAUUUUCCUCGCUCGUCGAUAAAGUCAUAAACCAUCUCCGCAACUCGGGCAUUCAGGUCCAAUCGGGUCUCUCCGACGCUGAGUUCGCACGCGCCGAGGCAGAGUUCGGUUUCGCUUUCCCGCCGGACCUCCGUGCCGUACUCGCCGCCGGGCUUCCCGUGGGCCCUGGCUUCCCCGAUUGGCGCUCCGCUGGUGCUCGCCUCCACCUUCGUGCCUCUCUCGACCUCCCUAUCGCGGCAAUUUCGUUCCAGAUCGCGAGGAACGCUCUCUGGUCCAAGUCUUGGGGCCCAAGGCCAACGGAACCGGAGAAGGCUCUCCGCGUGGCGAGGAACGCGCUGAAGAGGGCGCCGCUUCUGAUUCCGAUAUUUAACCAUUGCUACAUUCCCUGCAACCCUUCCCUCGCGGGGAACCCUAUCUUCUACGUGGACGAGAAUCGGAUCUUCUGCUGCGGCUUGGAUCUCUCGGAUUUCUUCGAGCGAGAGAGCUUGUUUCGGAGCUCCGAAUCGGAUCCUCAGGUGUUGAAGAAGCAGAGAUCCGUCAGCGAGAAAUCCGCAGGCUCUUCCACGGUUUUCUCGCGGCGGAGCCUGGACGCCGGCGGGAGGACGCCACGGUGGGUGGAGUUCUGGACGGAGGCUGCGACGGAUCGCCGGAGGAGGAACUCAUCGUCGUCAGCUUCGUCUUCGCCGGAGAGAUUCUUCGAGAUGCCUGGAAGGUCAAAAGUACCGGGUUGGGUGGACGAGUACAUAGGGCAAAUCGGGUCGGUUUUGAAGGCGGGUGGGUGGAGCGAAUCAGAUGUAUCAGAAAUGGUGCAGGUUUCGGCGUCGGGUUUCUUCGAAGGGGAGAUGGUGGUUUUGGAUAACCAAGCGCUAUUCGAUGCUCUGCUCUUGAAAGCGGAUCGGUUCUCGGACUCGCUCCGGAAAGCAGGGUGGAGCUCCGAAGAGGUUUCCGAAGCUUUGGGAUUUGAUUUCCGACCGGAGAAGGAGCGGAAACUGCCUAAGAAGCUUUCUCCGCAGCUCGUUGAGAGAAUCGGGAAACUUGCACAGUCAGUUUCCCACUCAUGAUACUCCAAACUCUGAUUA